GUUAUGCCUGAAAUGGGGAGGCGGAAUCAAGUUUCGCCCGGGAAUUAAACGUUACGUUUCUUGCCCCCUAAUAUAAUUUACGAUUUUUCGAACGAAAAACGAGACAUGAAAAUGUGAAAACCAAACAACGAAUGGCUUUGAAAUAAGACGCUUCAUUGAGUUUAAGCGUAUUUUUUACUACCAAACAAAAGCCCCAUCUCAGUGAGAAAACUUUGAAUAAACAUCGACCGAAAUUCACGAUCAAGUUAAUAACAAAAACGAGAGGCGGAGCUGAAGAGACUGCCACAAAAUCCUGCACCCACUACACACACCCACACACACUUCGCCAGAAUGUUGCGUAACACGCCUUUCGGUGCCACGCCCACCUACAAAUUACUACUGGGCUUCGGACUCUGCUCCCUUGGGGGCGCCAUGCUAUAUGCCUACUUUAAGACCCGUGAUGACGAGGAGGAAGGGGACUCAAGGGACCAGCAACAGGCAUCAGGGACCAGGGGACAGACCGCGGAACAGAAGCCCCAGAAGGAAGUGUGCCUCAAAAUCGUCGUGGACAACGAACAUGUGCCCCUGAUAAUGGGUCGUGGUGGUUCCAAUAUCAAGCUGAUUGAAGAAAAGACCCUCGCCAAGAUAAGAUUACGGGACAAAGACAGUGGUCACAAAUUCUGCGACAUUAGCGGUGUUCCCGAUGCCGUCAAAGCAGCUCGAGUCCUGCUGAUCAAGGAGAUUGAGCGAGCACCAGUAGUCAAGGUGGAACUGCAGGUUCCCCAGAGACUGGCCAACAAACUGAAUGGACGCGGUGGCGAACUCAUCCAGGAGAUCCGGAGCAGUUCGCUGGCCAAGCUGAAUAUCGAUCCGAAUGGCCGGAAUGGCAAGGCCAAGAUCACGAUUGUGGGCAAUCAAAAGCAGGUGAACAUAGCCCGAAAAAUGCUCGAUGAUCAGAUAGAGGAGGAUGAGGAACUGGUCCGGUCCAUGGAGGAAGUGGAGCAGCGUCGGGAACCACGUCGAUCGCCCACCAACAGCAUUGCAUCCUCCAGCUUGUACUCCUCUCAGACAUCCUUGAGUUCGCACACUCAACCCAGGGAUAAGCUGAUGGCUUCUAAGGGCGAAGGGAAGCCAAUGGAGGUUUAUGUCUCAGCCGUUGCCUCACCCAGCAAGUUCUGGGUGCAAUUGAUCGGGCCGCAGUCCAAGAAACUGGAUAACAUGGUGCAGGAGAUGACCAGCUACUAUAGUAGUGCCGAGAAUAGGGCAAAGCAUGUGCUCACAGCUCCUUAUGUGGGUCAGAUUGUAGCCGCCGUCUUCAAGUUCGACGAGAAGUGGUAUCGCGCCGAGAUCGUGGACAUUAUGCCGAACCAGUACAAUCCAAAGGAGCAGGUGAUCGAUCUGUACUUUGUCGACUACGGUGACAGCGAAUACAUUUCUCCAGCGGAUAUUUGUGAGCUGCGCACUGAUUUCCUUACGCUCAGAUUCCAAGCUGUUGAAUGCUUCUUGGCCAAUGUAAAGUCCACCAUCCAAGCGGAGCCCAUCACCUGGCCAAAGUCAUCCAUCUCCAAGUUCGAGGAGCUUACAGAGGUGGCGCACUGGAGGAAGCUGAUUGCUCGAGUGGUGACCUACAAGGAGCGCCCAAAGGCAACAACUGCAGUUAAUUCAGCCGCUAAGGAGGGCACACCGCUGCCCGGAGUGGAACUGUUCGAUCCUGCAGAUAACUCAGAACUGAAUAUUGGUGAUCUGAUGAUCACGCAGGGCUUUGCAUUGCCCCUGGACGAUUCGUAUCCGGUGCGAUCACGCUCCUCGACGCCCUCAAGUAACAGCGACUCGACCAUUGAGGAGCUGUGCGUCAGCAAUCCCGUGACUCCACUUACGCCCCACUCGCCCAUGUCGAUGUCCAUCGAUAUAGAGAGCAUUGCGCAGGCGGAGGAUGAGCAUAUCGCCCAGCAGCUGCAGCAUCUACAGCAUAAACUGAACGGAAACGAUGUAAGAAGCAUUAAUCCGGCUAAACUGACGGCAACAGACCUCGAAAACGGGAAUAACAACAAUGCCAACACCACAAAUGGCGGUAGCACGCAUUAGGAAUCCACAUUGUUACUAGUUAUCCUCGCCUAAUUGUUAAUAAUAUUAAGGCUGGAUGAGCAGCUCACUACUUGACUUGUACAUAAAAGUAUAGCUCUUAAGGAACUUAUUAUAUAGGUACGAAGAAGAAAACUGUUUAUUUUAUCGCCGUGACUGAUCGACAUAUCCUAAAUCCUCAACGCUGACGAUGGACCGGCACAGAUCCUUAAUUGUUUAUAGCAAGCUUUGCCAUGUUACUUAUUGUUAGCAAGAACAAGAAAAACAUUUGUACAUCAACAAAAAAAAUACACAAAAGAUCACAAAUUUAU